AUGUUCAGGUCGCACGCCUCCGGGAACAAGAAGCAAUGGUCCAAAAGAGCUUCGAACGGUAACGUCUCUGCCGAUUCUGCAUCAGGCACUCACGCCUUUAGGCAACAAACACUAUCUUCAUUCUUUGUGGGAUCUAAGAAAAGAGCAGCAGCUGUUCCUACUACGGUAAUUGAUUUAGAAAGUGCUGAUGAAGGUAGCCGACCGAAAAUUGUGUCCCCUAGGCCAAGGUUGAUACGGAAUAAUUCGUCCUCUUUAUUUUCACAGACUCAGGGUUCGUUUGGUGAUGACGAUCCAGAUGCAGAAUUCAAAAAACUGGUCAGUGCACCCAGACUCAAUAGUUACAAGAAGCCUAGUAGGUCAUCGUCGAUGACUAAUUCUUUGCACAAGACUGCAUCUGCCUCCACCACGCAGAGAACAUACCAUUAUGAUGAAGAUGAAACUUUGCGAGAGGUUACCAGUGUGAAGUCCGAAUCUAGGCAACUAUCGUUCACCAGUACGAUUAAUAUUGGCGGUUCUAGUGGAGAGUCUUCCGUUGACUUGGAAAGACCCGCAAAGAGGUCAAAACCUUCCAUGGAGUUCCAAGGUCUAAAACUCACGGUACCAAAAAGAAUAAAACCGCUUUUGAGGAAAACGGCAUCGAACUUGGAAUCAAUGAACUACAGAAAUGCUCUUUCAUCUCCCGUUGUACUUACAAGGGAACAAGAAACGGUCGUCGACUUGAUUAUCAAAAAAAGGGCAAACGUCUUUUAUACAGGUAGUGCUGGUACAGGUAAGUCUGUCAUUCUACAAACCAUUAUAAGACAAUUGAGCUCUCUGUAUGGGAAAGAAACGAUUGCGAUAACUGCUUCGACGGGGCUCGCCGCAGUGACCAUCGGCGGCUCCACAUUGCAUAAAUGGUCCGGUAUAGGGAUCGGGACCAAAACUAUCGACCAAUUGGUGAAAAGAAUACUGUCGCAAAAGGAUCUAUUGGCGGCGUGGAGGUAUACAAAAGUUUUGAUCAUCGAUGAAAUUUCUAUGAUCGAUGGUAAUCUAUUGGAUAAAUUAGAGCAAAUUGCGAGGAGAAUUCGUAAAAACGACGAUCCCUUUGGUGGGAUUCAGUUGGUCUUGACGGGUGAUUUUUUCCAACUACCACCCGUGGCUAAGAAAGAUGAAAAUAAUGUCGUGAAAUUUUGUUUUGAAAGUAACAUGUGGAAAAGAUGUGUUCAAAAAACCAUCUUAUUGACUAAAGUCUUCAGACAACAGGAUAAUGAAUUAAUCAAUAUCUUGAAUGCCAUUAGAUUCGGAGAACUGACCGUUGACAUGACCAAAACAAUAAGAAACCUAAGUAGAGAUAUAGAUUAUCCUGAUGGCAUUGCUCCUACCGAGCUAUAUGCCACGAGAAGAGAAGUGGAACUAUCCAAUGUCAGGAAAUUACAAUCUCUGCCUGGCGACUUAUACGAAUUUAAAGCUGUGGACAAUGCGCCCGAAAGAUACCAAGCACUAUUGGAAUCUUCGCUCAUGGUGGAUAAAAUUGUCGCAUUAAAGGAAGACGCUCAAGUUAUGAUGUUAAAAAACCGUCCCGAUGUGGAGCUAGUUAACGGAUCCUUGGGGAAAGUCUUGUUUUUCAUUACGGAAUCAUUGGUGAUCAGGAUGAAAGAAAUUUACAAAAUCAUAGAUGAUGAGGUUGUCAUGGAUAUGAGAUUAGUGAGCCGAGUCAUUGGUAACCCUCUUUUGAAGGAAUCGAAAGAAUUUCGUCAAGAUGUUAACGCCAGGCCAUUAGUUAGAUUGGAACGUCUAAAAAUAUUGAUAAAUCAUGCGCUCAAGAUAUCUCCCCAUAAAGAAAGGUUCCCCUAUGUUCGGUGGACAGUGGGCAAAAACAAGUACAUUCAUGAGCUCAUGGUGCCAGAGCGUUUCCCUAUUGAUAUUCCAAGAGAAAAUGUCGGGCUAGAAAGAACCCAAAUACCCUUAAUGCUAUGCUGGGCAUUGUCUAUUCACAAGGCGCAAGGUCAAACCAUCCAAAGACUGAAAGUCGACUUAAGAAGAAUCUUUGAAGCCGGUCAAGUUUAUGUUGCGUUGUCAAGAGCAGUCACCAUGGAUAGUUUACAGGUCUUGCACUUUGAUCCUGGAAAAAUUCGCACCAAUGGUAAAGUGAAAGAUUUCUACAAGCAUUUGGAAACGUUAAAGUGA